AUGAAGGCAACAGUGGCGUCUCUCCUUGCUUUGGCCACAGCUGUCUCAGCCCAGGUCAAAGGCUUCAACUAUGGCGCCACCAACAACGACGGCUCCUGCAGAGGCUACAGCGACUUCGUCCGCUACUUCAACGAUGCCAAAUCGCUAUCCGGCGCAUCAGGUUUCCAGGCCGCUCGCCUUUACACUUCCAUCCAGUGCGGUACUGCCGCGGCACCCAUCGAAGCUUUCCGCGCUGCCAUCGAUACCGACACCAAAAUCCUUGUCGGUCUGUGGGCAUCUGCUGGACGAGCCGUGUACGAGAACGAGUUGAACGCGCUACUUCAAGCAUCCCGCGACCUCGGAAGCGCAUUCACAGACCGCAUCGUCGGUAUCAGCGUAGGCUCCGAGGACCUGUACCGCAGCUCUCCCCAGGGUGUAGCCAACAACGCUGGCGUCGGUGCCACCGGUGCCGAGAUCGAAGGCUACAUUGGCUGGAUGCGUGAUUGGAUUCGCGGAACCGGACUCGAGAGCAAGCCCAUCGGCCACGUCGAUACAUGGACAGCAUGGGUCCUGCCUGAGAACCGCGGCGUAGCGAACUCUGUCAAUUGGCUCGGUCACAACUCGUUCCCCUACUUCGAAUCGACCAAGGCAAACUCGAUUGACUUGGCUGCCGAGAACUUCAGGACGGCUGUCGCGCAAACCGAGGGUGUUGCAGGCGGAAAGGAGGUCUGGGUCACCGAGACGGGAUGGCCGCGUGUCGGACCCAACUCUCGCGAUGCCGUUGCGAGCACAGAGAACAGCCAGCGCUACUGGAAGGAAGUCGGCUGCAGUCUCUUUGGCCAGAGGAACACUUUCUGGUACACACUCAAGGAUGCCAACACUGCCCAGACCGAUUUGAGCUUCGCGGUCACGCCGCUGGAGAACAACACGCCUUACUUCGACUUGACCUGUUAG